AUGACUCAAAACUCUGAAAAAAUAAUUCGAUAUCUGCGAUCUGAUGCAACUCCUUUAUCAGAUAAUAAUAUACAGGAUAUCAUUAAUGCCAGAAAUUCUAUGAAACGCGCAUCAGAAGCUAUGGCUAUCAAAUAUAAAAUAUCAACAAGGCGCGUAUAUCAAAUAUGGAGAGAAACCCAUCCUCCAAUAGAUCCUAGGGAAGUGAUGUCGCAAUCAAAUAUUGGCGGAGACAAUACGGUUAAUAAAACUGAUAUGAGCAUGAGAACUCGAUCCAUAAAUCACAUUACACAUUCUGUAGAGCAGAGCUCAUGCCAGAACGGAGUUCAUUCUUCCAGAAUAGGCAUAGAAACUCCUAUCGUUACUUCGGAUAUACAAAUAAAGAGAAAAAAACUGAGAUCUAAGACUAAUCGAAUUUCUGACCCAUCUAAUAUUAUCGCCGGGGGGAGUCACACAGUGGAUAGUAAAGUUAAUACUGCUGAAAUUAUAACAAAAAAAGUGGGAGAGAAAGAUGACCUAUAUACUUUAAUCGAACGUAAUCGUAAAGAAACAGAAGAAGCUGAACGUGAAUCAGAAAGGAUUUUAGCCACGAAGUGA